UGUUGGCGAGGCCUCUGUGCAUGCGCGCGUCCUGGCGUGUGUGAGGGCGCGCGCAUGCGCACGUUUGGACAUUCAGGCUGCCUGGGGAGCAGUGGUGUGCUAGGUGAACGGGAAAACGUAGCCUUCUGUUGUGGGUACCAGACACAGAUUGUAUGCUGACUCUCUAUCCACCCACCCCGGCUGCAGCCUUUUCCAGAGAGGCGGUGCUCCACAGCCUCUGUUCGUUGUCGCUGCAGGACCAAGCACGAAAACUAAAAAUGAAGAUUUUUUCGGAGUCUCAUAAAACUGUCUUUGUUGUGGAUCACUGUCCUUACAUGGCAGAAUCAUGCAGACAGCAUGUUGAAUUUGACAUGCUGGUGAAGAAUAGAACCCAAGGAAUCAUUCCUUUGGCCCCUAUCUCUAAAUCAUUGUGGACUUGUUCAGUAGAAUCUUCCAUGGAGUAUUGUAGAAUAAUGUAUGAUAUAUUUCCUUUCAAAAAGUUGGUGAAUUUCAUUGUGAGUGAUUCUGGAGCACAUGUUUUAAAUUCUUGGACUCAAGAGGACCAAAAUUUACAAGAGCUUAUGGCAUCAUUAGCAGCCGUUGGUCCUCCUAACCCUCGUGCGGACCCAGAGUGCUGCAGUAUUCUGCAUGGUCUUGUGGCUGCCGUGGAGACCCUUUGCAAAAUUACUGAAUACCAACAUGAGGCUCGUACUUUACUCAUGGAGAAUGCAGAACGUGUUGGGAAUAGAGGACGAAUAAUCUGCAUUACUAAUGCAAAAAGUGAUAGUCAUGUACGAAUGCUUGAAGACUGUGUCCAGGAAACAAUUCAUGAACAUAAUAAGCUGGCUGCAAAUUCAGAUCAUCUCAUGCAGAUUCAAAAAUGUGAGUUGGUCUUGAUUCAUACCUACCCAGUUGGUGAGGACAGCCUUGUAUCUGAUCGUCCUAAAAAAGAAUUGUCCCCUGUUUUAACCAGUGAAGUUCACAGUGUUCGGGCAGGACGGCAUCUUGCUACUAAAUUGAAUAUUUUAGUACAGCAGCAUUUCGACUUGGCUUCAACUACAAUCACAAAUAUUCCCAUGAAGGAAGAACAACAUGCUAACACAUCUGCCAAUUAUGAUGUGGAACUGCUUCAUCACAAGGAUGCACAUGUAGAUUUCCUGAAGAGUGGUGACACUCACAUUGGUGGCAGCAGUAGAGAAGGCUCAUUUAAAGACACAAUAACGUUAAAGUGGUGCACACCAAGGACCAAUAACAUUGUGUUUUCUUCUCUUUCAGAAUUACACUAUUGUACUGGAGCUUAUCGAAUUUCACCUGUAGAUGUAAAUAGUAGACCUUCUUCCUGCCUUACUAAUUUUCUUCUCAAUGGUCGUUCUGUUCUAUUGGAACAACCACGAAAGUCGGGCUCUAAAGUCAUUAGUCAUAUGCUUAGUAGCCAUGGAGGAGAGAUCUUUUUACAUGUGCUUAGCAGUUCACGAUCUAUCCUGGAGGAUCCACCUUCAAUAAGUGAAGGAUGUGGAGGAAGGGUGACAGACUACCGGAUUACAGAUUUUGGUGAAUUUAUGAGGGAAAACAGAUUAACUCCUUUUCUAGACCCCAGAUAUAAAAUCGAUGGAAGUCUUGAGAUCCCUUUGGAACGAGCAAAAGAUCAGUUAGAAAAACAUACCCGAUACUGGCCCAUGAUUAUUUCACAAACCACCAUUUUCAACAUGCAAGCGGUAGUUCCAUUAGCCAGUGUUAUUGUGAAAGAAUGUUUGACAGAAGAAGAUGUGUUAAACUGUCAAAAAACAAUAUACAACUUAGUUGACAUGGAAAGAAAAAACGAUCCUCUACCUAUUUCCACAGUUGGUACCAGAGGAAAGGGUCCUAAAAGAGAUGAACAGUACCGCAUCAUGUGGAAUGAAUUAGAAACACUUGUCAGAGCCCACAUUAGCAACUCAGAGAAGCAUCAGAGGGUGUUGGAAUGUCUGAUGGCAUGCAGGAGCAAACCCCCAGAAGAAGAAGAAAGAAAGAAAAGGGGAAGAAAGCGGGAGGAUAAAGAGGAUAAGUCAGAAAAAGCAGCAAAAGAGUAUGAACAAGAAAAAUCCUGGCAGGAUUCAGAGAGAUUGAAAGGAAUUUUAGAUCGUGGAAAAGAAGAGUUGGCUGAAGCUGAGAUUAUAAAAGAUUCUCCCGAUUCUCCAGAACCUCCAAACAAAAAGCCCCUUGUUGAAAUGGAUGAAACUCCACAGGUAGAAAAAUCAAAAGGGCCUGUGUCCUUAUUGUCCUUGUGGAGUAAUAGAAUCCAUACUGCCAAUUCCAGAAAACAUCAGGAGUUUGCUGGACGCUUAAACUCAGUUAACAACAGAGCUGAAUUAUAUCAACAUCUUAAGGAAGAAAAUGGAAUGGAGACAACAGAAAAUGGUAAAGCUAGUCGGCAGUGAAGAAUGAUUUAAGGAACUGAAUUUAUGAGUAUAAUUACAAAAAUAUUUUGGGCAGAGUUUGACAUAAGUACUUUUACAGCAAGGUUGUAUAGUUUAUGCUAGCUUAUGUUAGCUAGACUGGUUUUUACAUUUUUUAAAUAUUUCAAUGAACUAUCUUUUUUGUACUGGCAUUAAAAUUGGCAAAGUCAAACAUACACCUUUGAGAUCUGUUCUCUCCAACCAAAUAGGUUUAUUUUAUACUGAAAUGUAUUCCCUCUGGAAAUGUUUUUGUAAAGAUUCUUAGGCUUCUCUUUGCCAAAUAAAAUUAUUAAAACACCUAAAGUGCAAAAUAUUGUAGUGUCACUUUGGAAAAGAUGCUAUUUUAUUCAUUUAAUGGCUAACAAAAUUUGGAAAAUUUGAGGUUUAAGUGAGAUUUGCAAUUCUUAAUAUAAAAUUUAUGUUAGUCUACAUCAUAUACAUCAUAGUGCUUUUCCAAGAGAGAAUAUUGUCUUUAUUUUUGUCUUUAUGUUCCUGUGUGUGUGUGUUCAAAACUACAUUUAAAGCCAGAAUUUCCAGGUAGUUGGUAUGAAUUUAUAUUUACUAGUGUUAGAUGUUACUUUUUUUUUAAGUUAAA